CCUUCUUGGAAAUGAGUCGGGCCAAAGGGGAGAGGGCUUCGCAUCCCCACCUCCCCCAGGAGGACCCAUAAAAGCAUCUGUAACUGGGCUCCCAGAUUCCAGAGCAGGUCCUAGACCUAACGGCAGGACGGCCAGACAGACGGCACAAUGGCACUGAGCACGCAGACCCGGGCCACCUGCCUUCUGCUCCUUGUCCUGCUCAGCCUGACCAGCGGCUCCGUUCUCCCUCCCCAGACACGACAGCUCACAGACCUCCAAACUCAGCACACAGCUGGAGCAGCAGCUGGCUUGACGCCCGUGCUCCAGAGGCGGAGACGAGACACCCACUUUCCCAUCUGCAUCUUCUGCUGCGGCUGCUGUCGCAAAGGCACGUGUGGGAUGUGCUGCAAGACGUAGAUCGCCCCCCAAACCGCCCCCCCCCCGCCGUGCCCUCCUCCUUUAUUUAUUCCUGCUGCCCUCCAACAAUAGUCUUGAAAUAAAAAGGCUGGUUCUAGCUCCUGUUUUCCAAA